CAUCCACAUAAUAGAAAGAAGCUUAACAAAUGAUUUUGCAUUGUUUAAAGUUCACCAAUAUCAUUCAUGCAAAGUAAUGAGACGGUGUAAGUUUGCCUCCAGGAUAAUAUGGAAAAGUUGGCCUCAUGUAUAGGCUCUAAAAAAUAAAGAAGACCAAGGACAUCAAAAAUCCAUCAGAGUUUUUAAUGAACCCAGCAACGCCGAUACCAAAUACAUUUUUUGGAAGAAAAAAAAGUUAGCACAUUGGGAGAAGGAGAGAGAUGCUCACACAUUCAGCUUAUGUACCUAGGUCUACUGUCAAACUCACAUCAUUCAUACUAUACAUAUCAUAGAUUGCUUCAGCUGGAUAAACAUCACAGAAACACUUGCUUCCUAGAUUGCUUACCACACACUCACGCACCCACACAGAGAGAGAUACCUGACGUCACUGCAUACAGUGCAUAAAAUAAUCGGGGGAGAAAGGAGAAUGUGUUAAACACAAUGGACACUCAGUACAUCCAUAUGACAGUCAUCUGUCUUCUGUAUUUUUGGACUAUGGCUUUAGCAGCUGAUCAACAAUGCAAUGAUUCUUAUGAGAAAGAUGGCAAAUGUUGUGAACUUUGUCCACCAGGCAAAUUUGUGAAGAAGCAAUGCACAGCAAGCACCCAAACUGACUGUGGUGACUGCCCAGUGGGCUUCUACUCUGACUCCAAUGACCGCUUUGAGGACUGUCAACCAUGCCUCAAAUGCCAACACGUCUACACAAGAAUGUGCACCUCAACCGCAAAUGCAAACUGUUCGUGUGGCUCUGGUUUCCUGUGCUCAGACCACGUCUGCUCAAAAUGUGAAAAGGAAAAUAAAUGCCGCAAGGGGGAGGAACUGAAAAGGACAGGUUCCAGGGAGUACACUUGGAAAUGUGUCCCAUGUCCUAAUAACACAUACUCUGACACUGAACAUGGUCACUGCAAACUGUUGACACAGUGUGGUGCACAUGGACUUGAUGUGAUCUUCCCUGGGAACAAGACCCACAACUCAAAAUGUGGCAUACAUGCGACAGGACGCAAAGAGGACGGGAGUUCCAUUCAGCUGAUUCUGGCCAUUGGCUCCUUCUUCUUUACUGGCACCCUCUUGGUGUUCCUCACUCAACCCUGCAUCAGGAUAAUCAGACACAAGAAGCCUAAAGCCAUGAACUGCCCUGCUACAAGUAUUUCCAUCGCUUCCUCAGAUAUCUGCCCGCUGUCAAAGGAGGAGUGUGGCGGCCUGCUCAUCCAGCAGGCUUAAACCAAGGACCAUGCCAGCCAGAGUCUGCUGUCAAUAGAGAGCAUCUCCACUGUAUGAUCUGACAUGUGUUGCAGGAGUGCUUUUAUUUCAGAGAUAGCAUGGCAGCUAGUCCCAAGUGAACAAAUUCAAGUCUUCUACAGAAACAACGUGCACUAAGCCACCUAUAAUUCCCCUGUAUUUUGUAAUCUUGGUUAUCGCUUGCUUUCUUCAUUUGUGCAGUCUUUCGUCAACACUAAUUAUUAUUUCUACAGCCUUUCUUACUUUUUUUGCACAAUUAAUACAGUUUUUUCUUUACUAUUUCUUAAGAGUAAUAAUAAUACUCAUGUAAAUUACUGAUAACAUUUUAGUCAUUUAGCAGACGCUCUUAUCCAGAGCGACUUACAGUAUUGAAUACAUACAUUUCAUGCAUUUUUUGUUGUUGUUGUACUGCCCCCCCCGUGGGAAUCAAACGCACAACCCUGGCAUUGCGCAUGCCAUGCUCUACCAACUGAGCCACAGGGAAGAACAUUAACUGUUCUCUCAGCUAUGACAAAAACAUGUAGAGGCAUCUUCUAAUUCCUGAUAUCUUUCUUUUUUUAACAAGAACUGAACAAGUGAAAUCAAUGCAAUCAAUGUCAAAUUAAUGUAAGUUCCAUUAACAAUGUGUAGGCUACUGUGUCGAUUCACUUGAUUUUAUAAGUGGGUAUGAAAGCCUAUAAAAAGUGACCUUUAAAAAGGUGUUUCCCUGUACAGAUCAUAAAAAGGCUUAUUACUGUACUUUUUUGUUUAAGAAUAAAUUACAAUUUUUAUAA